GCUCUCCGUGGUUUCUCUGGCUGCGAGACGGGGCUGGUGCGGAAGUGGCUGGCAGCGGCGGGGAGUCCGGAGCAGCGCGGCCGCGGCGGCGCGCGGGGGGCCGGGACGAGGAAACUAACGUAUUUGCCAGACUGCUUUGGAGACCAUUUUAUUGGAGAUUAUGGCAAAAUCUGGAGGAAAAGGAGUGAAUCUAAAGGACAAAUUGGAAGGCAAUGAGUUGGACUUGAGCUUGUGCAAUCUGAAUGAGGUGCCAGUUAAAGACCUGGCUGGACUUCCAAAGGCAACAGUUUUGGAUCUGUCUUGUAACAACCUUACUACUUUAUCAUCAGACUUCUGCAGUUUAACUCAUCUAGUGAAACUCGAUCUAAGUAAAAAUCAGCUUCAACAAUUACCUUUGGACUUUGGUCGUUUGGUCAACUUGCAACACCUGGACUUGCUGAACAAUCGAUUAGUUACUCUGCCAGUCAGUUUUGCACAACUCCGGAACCUUAAGUGGCUGGAUUUGAAGGACAACCCCCUGGAGCCUUCACUGGCUAAGGUAGCUGGAGAUUGCUUGGAUGAAAAGCAGUGUAAACAGGCUGCCACAAGGGUGCUUCAGCAUAUGAGAGCCAUUCAGUCUGAGCUGGAUCGCGAGAAACAACGAAAGCUGCAGGCAGAGCGAGAACUGGAGAAGAAGCGAGAAGCAGAGCGCCAAGCAAGAGAAGCCCAGGAGAGAGAACUGCGGAAGCGGGAGAAGGCUGAAGAAAAAGAACGCCGGAGGCGGGAAUAUGAUGCCCUGAGAGUUGCAAAACAGGGAAUGACAGCACAGUCAAAGAAAGAAAUGGGUGAGAAUCCAAAGCUCUCUGCUUCCCAUCCGUCCCACCCACCGCAACACAAACGCUCCUGGUCCCGAGUCCUGUUGAAGAUGCUGCUGCUCCUGCUGCUGGGUGCUCUGAGUACGUUGGCUGUUUGCAAGGUUACGGAGCUGCAGCAUCAGCCUGUGUGCACCAGUGUGAACAUGCUCUAUGAAGAUGCAUUAACCCUUUUGCAAAGCCGUGAGAUCCUUCAGAACAUACUGCAGCCAAACUCUCAGCAGUAACUUCUUCUUAGCCCUCAAGGAUGCUUCCUCAUACCUCCUGCUUUUGCAUCACAGCCAGAAUUCCUAUGGAAUUGAGCUCCGGAGAAAAUUGCUUCCGUUCAUUCAGUCCUGGGUUUGGUGGCUUACUUCACAGUUGCCUCCUCAGUGUGGUUCCUAUGCUAAAGAGUGUGUUGCCAUUUCUUUCUGCCCUAGCAGAGCUUUUCCAAGCUGCCAAAAUCAGGCUGUAGGUCUGUAGAGGAGUAAGGAAAGCUCCUACCCUUAACAGAAGCCUUGCUAUGACAAGAGACGUCAUUGUGAAGAAGUUUUUGUAUAUGUAGUCUCUGCAUGUUACUGCUAUAGCAAAUACAUGCUUCUCCUGGGGACAAGCACUACAGCUAAAUUGUUCAUAUAGUAGAGAGUGAAGUUGAUUAUGUGCUGGCUAAUGUUACAUGUAUGUAAUUUCUUAGCAGCUGAAUGUUUGAUCUGCAGACGAAAAUGUACCUACCAGUCCACACUGUUGGGACAAUGCAUAUCAGUAUACACACACACAUCUGCUAAAACCUGAUUCUUUGCUGUAUCUUUCUUCUUGGAUCUUUGUUGUUUGACAGCCAAAGAUGUAUUGGAAGGCUCUGCCUCCAAGAGUUCACAAGCAACACAUUUGAUUAACUACGUAAUUUUAAAAGCAAGGAAUGUAUUUUUACCUUUUGAAUUGCUCAGCAGCAAACAGGGAGGAGUGGUGUUCUUGUGCCCAUACAGUCUUCCUUGUUGUACUGUACUUGACCUUGCACAUUCCUGAACUGUGACAUUAUUCUUAAGUGUGGGCUACUUGAGAAAGUUAUCUGCUCAGUGUUGCUUUUCUGUGUUUGCUUGUUUGCCCAGAGUGGGAACAAAUUUGCCUUUUCCCUGCCCUUGUCCACAUGCUUUGUCAAGACACACAGCUUCCACCGGCUACUUUUAUGCUCAGGUGUCCUUUCGGAAGGACAAGAGUCUGCUUUAUGUAAAUAUGCUACCUCUACCAUAGGCGGUAGUCCUAAGCAGCCUUACCAGGGUGAGACAGCAGAGACCGUGUGAAUUGGCCAGAGACUCAGGAAAGUGUCUAACGCAGCCUUUCCAAAGGUGCUGCGAUCCAGAUGUGCUGGAUUGCUCUUUCCAUCACUCACAGUCGGCACAGACAAGAUUAGAAGGGUAUGCCUGAAACUGAAAUGGUAAUACUUGAAUCACCGGGUGAUGAACACCUACCUCCACCUGCCUUAAAGUCUUCAGAAAAAGCCCUCCAACCCCCAGCCAUCAAGGGGCAUGAUGCUUCACAGAGAACAGGACCCUGCCUUGACAAGAGUGCACCCUAGAAUUCAUCACAGGAGCAACAGUGGAGGAAGGUGGAGGAAGAGGUAGACGGAAAUAAUGUAGGAUUCCUUCAAUGGGGCUUAGCUCCGAUAAGGCAUGGGGAGUGGGGAACUGUGCCACACGCAUCAUGGAGAAAUGCUAUCUCAUCUGUGUUCUACAAGGCAGUUCUAACCGUACCUGGCAGCAUCUGGAGGAAUAGGAGGAGACCUUUCAACAGCUGAGGGUAAUGGAAGUAUAACUCAAAGUUUCUUUUCUGUAGAAAAUGUUUAUUAAAUGCUUUAAGUACAUA